AUGCGGCAGCCCAGAUGCUGCAGCCGCCCUGGGUCUCCCAGCCUCCGGGCUCCCGCAACCCCCCAGGCCCCUGCAGGCCCCCGGGUGCCACCCCAACCCCGGAGCCCACGCAGCCCGCCGGGAUGCUGCUGGCCCCGGUGGUCACCGCCACUCGCGCCAUGGUCGCCGACCGACUUGGUGGCCGAGCUGCUGCCACUGGCCAAGGACGUGCCGGGGACCCCGCCGCGGGGCCUGGCGGUGACCAAUGGCGGCUUGCCCCUCUGGCCCGGCGCGCCCGUGUCCCCGGGCUCAGCGCGGCAGGAGCCCUGGAGCGCCUGGGAGACAGAGCUGCUGCUUGCCGAGCUGCUGCGGCCAGCUGUGUGGCGCACACUGCCCACCUACCGCCAAGUGUCGGCCGCGCUUGCCCUGCGGCAGGUGCGACACACUCCUGCGCAAUGCUGCUGCCGCUACAAGUUCCUCAAGAGCAAGGUGCGCAAGGCCAAAGGCCAGCCGCCCGGGUCCUUCGACACGCAGAUCCGCGAGCUCAUGGGGCUGCUGGGCGACAACCAGCAGGACAGGCGCACCCGCCGCAGCCGCCGCCCCGCACCCUCUGUGCCCGCGCCGGUUCCGGAAGACCCAGGUGCCGCGCCGCCCUGGGCCCCCGCCAACCUCUUGCCGCCUGCCACCACACCUUCGCUGAAUGCUGCUCUGCUGCAGACGCUGACGCACCUGGGCGACAUCUUGGGCAUGCUGGGCCCUCUGCGAGACCAGCUGCUGACCCGGAACCAGCACGUGGAGCAGCUGCAUGGCUCCUUCGACCAGACUGUGUCCCUGGCCGUGGGCUUCAUCCUGGGCAGCAUGGCAACCCAGCGCGGCAUCUUGGGCGAGCUGAGCUAG